CGCCGCCGGCACCACCCUCAGUCCCCACAUGGCCGCCGCCUGCCUUCGCCGCCUCCACCGCAUCCCUCAUCCUGUCCUUAAGCUCGCCGCAGCCACUCACUGGCCCUUGCCAUUCCCCGGUGCCAAGUUGGCUCCGGUCACACAGUCGUGCCCAUCCGCCGACCGCGUCGAAGUACAGCUGAGCGCCCGCUGCCCCGGUUUUGCAAGUAAUGGUAACUUCAAACAUCGAUGGCAUCACAAGCUGGGUUCAUCAGUUGGUGCUGUACUGAUUGGACAUGCAGCCUUUUUUCUUGGUUUGAGCAAUGGCUCUGCAUUUGCCCAGGAAGAUUCAGUUAGCCCAGCUGCAGCUAGUGAGCAUGCUGAGGGAAAUGCUCCUGGUUUACAACCGAUUGAAGAUGGAUCAGUGGUCUCAAACGAACACACGGUCAAAUGGAGAAUUUACACUGAUAAUGCGCGGGAGUUUUUCCAGAAAAGACAAUUGGAUGAGGCUGAGAAGUUAUUCCAGGCAGCCCUACUAGAAGCUAAGGAAGGAUUUGGACUUAGAGAUCCACAUGUCGCGUCAGCCCUUAACAAUCUGGCAGAAUUUUAUAGGCUAAAGAAAGAGCAUGUGAAAGCUGAACCACUAUAUUUGGAAGCAAUUGAGAUCCUGGAGGAAUCAUUUGGACCUGAUGAUAUACGGGUUGGAAGAACUGUGCAUAGUCUUGGAAUAUGCUAUCAUCUUCAACUCAAGCUUGCUCAAGCCCAGACAUGUUAUGAGCGUGCUUUGAAGAUAGAAGGACGUGUUCUGGGGGUUGGUCACCCAGAGUAUUCAAGUACAAUGUACAGUCUAGCCAAGGUGCUCAGUCUACAAGGAAAAAGAAAAAAUGCAGAAUGCCUUAUUGAAGAGUCUAUUAGAAUACUUGAGGAAGCUGGGCUUGGCGAUUCACUAACAUGUUUACGAAGAAUGGUCUCUCUCUCUAGAGAGUUAAUAAAAUCAAGACGAUUUGCUGAAGCUGAAAUCUGGCAAAGGAAGAUAUUACAUGUUCUGGAGCUUUCAGAGGGAUGGGAUUCAUUGGUCACUGCACGUGCAGCUGAACUCCUAAGUUUAAAUCUUGAAACCAUGGAGAAGUUGAAGGAAUCAGAAGAGCUAUUGGAACGAUGCCUUGCAGUCAAGAAAAAGAUUCUACCUGAAGAUCAUCUUCAGGUAGCUUAUACGUUGGUACACCUGGCAAGGUUAACAUUGCACAGAGUUGUAAAGGAUCGGGAUGUAAACAGCGAUGUAACUGCAUAUUACCUCGCAAAAGCAAAACAGUUCAGCAAUGAUUCAAUCAGGAUUACAGAAGGACAAUUAAAUUCUUCAAGAAAAGAUCAGAAUAAAAUUAACAACACAUCAACUGCAGAUACAGAUAAGAGUGCAGCAAUAAUUCUUUUUCAAGCACUUCAUGUUUUUGGACUCAUUGAUAUUGCAGCGAAGCAGUUGCUAGGGCAAGGGGAGCAAGACUAUAAUUCUGUUCAAGAUGCUCUGCAGAAGUGUGUUUCACUUUACAAAGAGCCUCAUACACGAAGGUUGGUGAAAAAUGCUGCCAAGCAGGACUACAUGAUAUGCCUGACGAGCCUGAUCGAUAUGGUUCAGAGCUUGUUUCCCAUUCCACACAUACCGGGGUUGCAGGAGUUGCUUUGCGAGGCCGAACAAAUUUUAGGAGAGCUAGAAGAAGAGAGUACUAGGAAGAAGCAAUGAUACGUAGGAACCAACACCCAUAUGGGUGGAAGCAUUUGUUAAUUGCAAGUUGUGAGCCAUAUAUUUUUUCAGUUGGUCGAGAUCGCCCACCUAUAUGGGUGGAAGCAUUUGUUUGACGAGGUGCUGAAUCGAGUGACGGGUUAAAGAGUUUAAUGCUUGUUUGCGCAGUGGUGUUAUGACGUGGUCUUCAACAUAGAGUCCUAGUUUCUCGGUGGUGGUGGUCCACAAGAUAGAUCAUGUUGCUGAAAUCUUGGAUGCUUUCUAAAUCAAAAUCCUUGACAUUGGCGACCAAAAAAAAAGAUCCCUAUCAAUGGCGGAUGGCCAAACUGAACCAAGGAUUGGUUUUGGCAUAGAAGCUCUUCCUAAAAGUUGUGCUGGCUGUUUGCGUAAUUCUUUUAGAUAUUGUGGUCUUAGACUAUCUCUAGCAACUUACUCAUCUUUAUCUCUAUAUUUAAACUCCACAUUAU